GGGGCACAGGCAACGCACACUCGUCCAGCUAGCCAGUCGGACAGCUAAACGGACACCUGACAAUGUUCCAGGUGAGGAAGUGGGCGGAAGAGCUCGGGCAACUCUCAUCUUACUUAGGCACCACUGAAGAACAGUACGUCAAAGGCUUUUUCGCCACGUUCCAGCAUCUUUUUGUUUUGUAACCUUCACGGUCGAGGAUGCGGGCGUUUUUUGCCUGUGCCUGGUCCCUAAAAUAAAAUGAAAAAUGAAAAAAUGAAAUAAAUUAGUGGGGCACCAGGGCCCAUAGCCACCCAUUCAUCCAUUCGGACAAAAUUUAUUUAAAAAAAAAACUCCAAAUGUCCUGCUAGCGAUGUUUCGCUGUGUGCCGCCGCUAAUAAAAUUAAUUCCCUCUGAAUUUCCAGCUCGCUGUUCUUUCGCUGUGUACCGCCGCUGGUAACAUGUUAUGGUUAUCUAUAUUUCCAGCUCGCUGUUCUCUCGCUGUGUGCCGAUGAUAUCAUGUUAUGGUUAUAUAUAUUUCCAGCUCGCUGUUCUCUCGCUGUGCGGCCGAUGAUAUCAUGUUAUGGUUAUUCAAUAUUUAUAUUUCCAGCUCGCUGUUCUCUCGCUGUGUGCCGCCGAUGAUAUCAUGUAAUGGUUAUUCAAUAUUCAUAUUUCCAGCUGGCUGUUCUCUCGCUGUGUGCGGCCGCUGCGGUUGCCGCCGGCGGUUACGGAAACGCCGAGAGUCACAUCAACGUACAAACGUACAACCCCUGGGGCAGCGCAAAGUACGGAUCACACAUCGUCCACCCGACUUACAGCGGAUACGGCGACGGAUACGGACACGGCGGAUUCGUCGGCGGAUAUGCGCAGACCUACUCGGAGGCGCGCGGAUCCGGUGGAUACGGACACGGCGGAUACGGUGACGAGUACGCCUACGGACACAGCGCCAAGGUCGGACACGGAGCUGGAUACGGACACCAGGCUGGAUACGGCGGAUACGGUCACGGGGCUGGGUACGCCGGAUACGGCUACGGAUCCGGAUAUGGCCGCGGAUAUGGUUAUCACUAAAUGACCGACAAGUCAGUGCUGUCAUUGGAAAAUUGAGUGUCAAUAGCAUCUAUUUUCAGUGGAAAUACAUGUUUAUUCUCGCGAA